AUGCUGCGACAGUGGAAUCGAAAGACCAUGUUGACUACGAAGGAUUUGGAUGCCAUUCGGGCAUUGUUCGGUGAAAAGGUCGCCUUCUACUACGCCUUCAUUCACUGCUAUUCAUUAUUCCUCGUGGUGCCCGCCGCAUUGGGAAUUGUUGGCUGGUUAUAUCUGGGACCAUAUUCAAUCACCUAUGGAGUGGUCCUUUGCGCCUGGUGCAUUGUGUUCGUCGAAUAUUGGAAGAUCCGAGAGGCGGAUCUCAGCCAGCGCUGGGACGUGAAGGGUGUCGGGAUCUUGAAGGUGAAUCGAAAGCAGUAUGUGUGGGAGAAAGAAGUGAAGGAUCCAAUCAGCGGACAGGUGAAGCAGGUCUUCCCAGGAUGGAAACAGUUCUCACGUCAAAUGUUGCUGGUCCCCUUCGCGUCGGUGGCCAGUGUCGCUUUGGGCGCCUUGAUUGUCGCCUCCUUCGCUUCAGAAGUGUUUAUCUCCGAGGUCUACGACGGUCCAUUCAAAAGCUACCUCGAAUUCCUACCUACGAUCCUCUUCUCGCUAUCAUUGCCCGCCAUCACCUCUUUCCUGACCAAUAUCGCAACGCGCUUGACGAACUACGAGAACUACCGCACCCAAGAUCAGUGGGAUCUCGCGCAAACUCAGAAGACCUUUGUGAUGAACUUCAUCACAUCAUUCCUCCCAACAAUACUCACCGCUUAUGUUUACGUUCCGUUCGGUAAACAGAUCGUCCCCCAUUUGGAUAUCUUGCGCAUCUUCGGCUUGAAGUCGGAUCUGUUGAGUGGCCAGAAAGAGUUCGAGGUUGACACCAGCCGUUUCCAGCAGGAGGUUAUUUAUCUCUCGAUGACAGCUCAAGUCUUGAGCUUUGGUGAGGAAAUUGUCCUCCCAUAUGUCAAGCAUGUGCUCUGGCAGAAAUGGCAAAAUUACCGCGAACGCAAGGCAGAGUUUGGGCGCAAGCGCAGCUUCUCUGUGGCCACCGAUCUGCUACUGAUCGACCCACCCGAUGAGGCGGACUUUAUGGCUCGACUUCGCAGCGAGGCCGGUGCAGAAGAGUAUCACGUUGAGGAAGAUAUCUUGGAGAUGUGUGUCCAGUUCGGAUACCUGGCGCUAUUCGGUGUUGCAUGGCCACUGGUCCCUCUUGGAUUCCUGCUGAACAACUGGUUGGAGUUGCGAGGUGACUUCUUCAAACUGACCCUCGAAUGCCAGCGACCGCCACCGAUCCGCUCCGACUCGAUCGGGCCAUGCCUGUUGGGUCUCGACUUCCUGGCCUGGCUGGGGACUCUCUCCACAGCCGCAAUCGUCCACAUCUACCGUGGACCAAUGUCCGAAGUGCGUUUGUCUUAUCUCCUCCUCACCAUCUUCAUCGCCGAGCAAGCCUACCUUGGAAUGAGGUUCACAGCCAGUGUGGCGCUGGAGAAGAUCUUUUCAGAGACCAUCCGCCGGGAAGAGGCCCGUCGGUAUGCAGUCCGCUCGAACUAUUUCGCCGCCAGUCUGGCACGUAACUCAACCCCCAGUUCGGGCUCCCAAGGCUCGCCCAAUGGGCGGGUUCGCCAUCGGGUGCGUUUCAACGAGCGGGUCAAUGUAUACAGUGCGAACGAAAAAGCACCCUCGCCCGACGGGUCGCCCUCCCCCACCCGCGAGGAGCCCGAGAACGAUGUACUGCGAGGGUCCGACCGUGAAGCCCAGUUCUGGAGCGCACAGGCACAGGGCACGGGGGCGGACGCGGGCGUCAAGCUCAUUCGUGCACUGAAUUCCAAAGCGGAGACCAAAUUGUCCAAAGAGGCUUAG